UGGCGGGAGGACGAUCGCCCGCCUCUAGCAGUAUGGCUGCCGUAAGGACAGGAGAGAACCUGCAGGGGGAGAGGUGCAUUUUAUGAAACAUACUUUGAUCCAGCGACGUACCUGGACCUAUAAGAAAUGUAACUGAUAUGGUUGAUGCUUCCGGAAACCUAUGGAGAAGAAGGAAUUUGAGUCAUGGCUUGAAAACCUCUCGGCUACCUUUUACACCCUGACGGACCUGCAGAAAAAUGAAACACUGGAUCACUUGAUCAGCCGGAGCGGUGCUGUCCAGCUGAGGCACCUCUCCAACAACCUAGAGACCCUGCUGAAGAGGGACUUUCUCAGACUACUUCCGCUGGAACUGAGCUUCUACCUGCUGAAAUGGCUGGACCCCCAGACCUUACUCACGUGUUGCCUUGUCUCUAAGCAAUGGAAUAAGGUUAUAAGUGCCUGUACGGAAGUGUGGCAAACGGCUUGUAGGAAUUUGGGCUGGCAGGUCGACGAUGCCGUGCACGAGACUUUGCACUGGAAGAAAGUUUACCUAAAGGCCGUUUUAAGAAUGAAACAACUGGAGGAUCACGAAGCCUUCCAAACCGCAUCGCUAAUUGGACAUAGUGCCAGGGUUUAUGCACUUUACUAUAAAAAUGGACUCCUGUGUACAGGUUCAGAUGAUCUGUCCGCGAAGCUGUGGGACGUGAGCACCGGGCAGUGCAUUUAUGGCAUCCAAACUCACACGUGUGCGGCUGUGACGUUCGACGAACAAAAACUCGUAACUGGAUCCUUUGAUAACACUGUCGCCUGUUGGGACUGGAUUUCAGGGGCCAGAACUCAGCACUUCAGAGGACAUACUGGAGCAGUUUUUAGCGUGGAUUACAGCGACGAGCUCGAUUUACUCGUCAGCGGCUCUGCAGAUAACACUGUGAAAAUCUGGGCCUUAUCUUCCGGAUCUUGUUUGAAUACGCUCACUGGCCAUACUGAAUGGGUCACAAAAGUAGUUUUGCAGAAAUGUCAAGUCAAAUCCAUCAUGCACAGUCCCGGGGAUUAUAUCCUACUUAGUGCCGAUAAAUAUGAAAUCAAGAUUUGGCCGAUCGGAAGGGAAAUAAACUGUAAAUGCUUGAGGACGCUGUACGUAUCGGACGAUCGCAGUAUAUGCUUACAGCCGCGGCUGCACUUUGAUGGAAAAUACAUCGUGUGCAGCUCGGCCAUUGGGCUCUACCAGUGGGACUUUGCCAGCUACGACAUUCUAAGAGUUAUCAAAAUGCCGGAUUCUGUAAACCUUUCCUUACUGGGUUUUGGAGACAUUUUCGCUCUCCUGUUCGACAACCACUACCUAUACAUUAUGGAUUUAAGGACAGAGAAACUGAUCAGCCGAUGGCCUCUGCCAGAGUACCGGAAAUCCAAGAGGGGCUCCAGCUUUUUGGCCGGAGAAACGUCGUGGUUAAAUGGUCUGGAUGGCGUGAAUGACAUCGGUCUGGUGUUCGCCACGAGUAUGCCAGACCACAGUAUCCACUUGGUGUUGUGGAAAGAAAACGGUUGAUGGCCGCAGGACGCCUGGUGCCGGCUGUUUUUAAACAGGACGCUGAGACUGGUGAUUUUUCUACCACCGACUUUCAGAGUAUAACUUGCAUGAACCAAAGUUUCACAUCCGGUAUCCCAUCAUGCAGUGCACAAUCAUUUCUAUUACGUUUGCGGGCGGAAGCGGCGGUCCGAUUGACCCGGAAACAGGCUGCAUGCUAUCUGAAUUUCACCAGAAAUUUCUAUGAGCGUUUAUAGGUUUGCUGUUCUCAUUAUGAUCCAGCCAGACAACUGCGGUUAAGUUAUAAAGAAAAAAACAGAUAUAUUCUGAUCCCAUUAAAAAAAAAAAAAAAAGAGUAUCCGGACGGCAGGCAUUCCAUCUUAGCCCAUUUGUACAAUAUCUCAACAUUCAAUAGUGUUUAUAAAUGUAAUCUAUUUUAAUACAGGAAAAAAAAAUAGUUGUAACAUAUUUAGUUUAAAUAUUAUGUAUAAAGGCGCCAUCGUAGACCCAAAAGCAGGGGCCUCCCCUUGCUGAACAUUACUUAUGUUUCUUUAUUUUUUAUUAAAAAUAGAAGAUUCUUUUGAGUGCCAGAAGCUUAAAUCCGCCUGAUUUGGGAGCCGAGAGGGAAAUAAAAAAAAGAAAAGGGGGCCGUUCGCUAAACGUGAGCCAGAUAGAAGAAUGGCCGGCUUUUAUAGCGGGAAUUGCAGUGAAAGCGUGAUGUGAUCUGUACGCUGGCAGAGAGGACUUACACACACCUGUCCUUUCUGUAAACGGUCAUCCAAAUAAAAUUUCAGAUAUCUCGAUUGUCUUA